CGCGAGGAACCCCGCAACGUCAUGCAAUGCAGGUGCCAGGCGCGACGGGCAGCUGGCAAGCUUCGCGCUGCUGUGUGGCCAAAGGCGAUACUUUUUCGCUCCCCUGCCUCUCUAUCUCCCCGGCUGAUUGACUGCACGGCGACCCCAUGUGCGACGCUCUACACGUCUGGCACGCGUAGCUUCUGGUGCCAGCAGUAGCGUACAAGUACCUCUUCGCGCCCCGUCCGACGCUUUCCAGCUUCUUUCCGCACACUUCCGCCCAGACAUCUCUUCGCGUCCAUGGCGCGCUCACAUAUCGCAGUGGCACUGGGUGCUGCCCUCAUUGCCUCGUUGAUCAUUGCUCAGCUCGUCAUCAACCUCGGAUUCCCCGUCGUCGACUUCUGGCAUGCGCGCCUUGAUCAGACAUACAAUGGAGCGCAGCAGGACGUCUUCAACAGCGAGAAGCAGGAUGGAGGCCAGGCCGACGAUGCGUCUUCAUACCUCAUCGGCGUUGGCAAGGCGGAUAUCACUGGUCCAGUCGUCGAGCUCAACAUGAUGGGCUACGCCAACUCGUCGCAAAUCGGAUCCGGACUCCGCCAACGCCUCUACUCCCGCGCCUUCAUCGUCGGCAACCCGGACGAAGCCAGCGAGCGCUUCGUGUACCUCGUCCUCGACACCCAGUCUGGAGACACUGCCAUCCGAAAUGGUAUCUUGGAAGGGCUCCAGGAGAUGGGCUCCGAAUACGCUGUAUACGGGAAGAACAAUGUCGCCGUGACUGGCACCCACAGCCAUGCCGGACCGGGAGCCUGGUUGAACUACCUCCUUCCACAAAUCACAAGUCAGGGUUUCGACAAGCAGAGCUAUCGUGCCAUCGUGGACGGAACACUUCUAUCCAUCAAGAGGGCACAUGAAGGCCUCACUCUGGGAACUGUCAGCGCUGGCAGUGCUAAAAUUGCUGAUGCCAACAUCAACCGCAGUCUGUUCGCCUAUCUCGCCAACCCACAAGCAGAACGCGAUCGCUACACAGACAAUGUCGACAAGACCAUGACACUUUUGAAGUUCACGAGAGCGAGUGAUGGAAAGAGCAUCGGCAUCUUGAACUGGUUCGCUGUCCAUGGCACUAGUAUGCUUGGAAAUCAGACACUCAUUGCUGGAGACAACAAAGGCGUGGCCGCAUACUUGCUGGAGAAAGACAUGGAGGCCAACGCGGCCGACUCAAAUGCUGCCGAGGGCUUUGUGGCAGGCUUCUCGCAAGCCAAUGUCGGUGACACGACGCCCAACGUACUCGGCGCCUAUUGCGAAGACGGAUCAGGCCAGCAGUGCCGACUCAAUGACAGCACCUGCGGAGGAAAGAGCCAGGAUUGCCACGGUCGUGGACCAUUCUUUGGCUUAGACGAUGGAGGCCACAAGUCUUGCUACGAGAUCGGCAGGCGUCAGGCCGAGGGUGCCAGGAGCAUCUACGACUUCAAUGCGUUCACGCCCAUCUCUGGCAAGGUUCGCUCUUUCCACACCUAUGUCGACUUCUCCAACUUCACCUUCACCCUCAGCAACGGAUCUGUUGUCCACACAUGCCCCGCGGCCAUGGGUAACUCCUUCGCUGCCGGCACAUCUGACGGCCCUGGUGCGUUUGACUUUGUCCAGAAUGAUCCCGGUGCGCCGCAAAAUCCCUUCUGGAACAUCGUUGGUAGCGCUAUUGCACCACCAAGCAAAGAGCAAAGGGCAUGCCAGUACCCCAAGCCUGUCUUACUGAACGUCGGACAAGCCAACGUGCCAUACCCAUGGUCUCCAAACAUCGUCGACAUACAAGUCCUUCGAGUCGGCCAGCUCGUCAUCAUCGUCUCCCCCGGCGAGGCAACAACCAUGUCAGGGAGGCGCUGGCGCGAAGCAGUCCACAACUCGAUUGUGUCCUCCAACAUUGCCUCCUCGCCCAUCGUCGUACUAGGCGGCCCAGCAAACAGCUACACACACUACAUCGCCACGGAAGAAGAGUACGGCGUCCAACGCUACGAGGGCGCAUCCACCCUCUACGGCCAACAUACGCUAAACGCCUACAUCAACUCCACCCUAACCUACCUCCCCUACCUCGCCGACUCCUCCACCAGCCCUCCUCCCCCAGGCCCCUCUCCCCCAGACAAUCGCGACAAAAGUAUUUCCCUCAUAACCGGCGUCGUCUACGACGGCGCCGGCUUCGGCCGCUCCUUUGGCCAAGUCACCAAGGAUGUCCUGCCCACCUACGCCCGCGGUGCCACUGUCUCCGCUACUUUCGUCGGCGCAAAUCCCCGCAACAACCUCCGUCUCGAAGGCACGUUCGCUGCUGUCGAGAAGCAAAACAGCGAUGGUAGCACGUGGACGCAGGUCAAGAACGACGAGGAUUGGGAGUUGGUGUAUCAGUGGAAACGCGUUAAUGGGCUUACGGGCACGAGUGAUGUUACGAUUACAUGGGAUACGGGGAUUACGGGGCCGGAAGGGGGGAAGUAUAGGAUUAGGUAUUAUGGGGAUGCUAAGAAAGUUGGGGGGAGCAUUGACGAGUUUGAGGGGGUUAGUGGGGUGUUUGAACUGCAGUGAUGGGGUAGAUGAGUCUUGGAUGAUGGUACGAUAGUAUGAUUUUCAUGUGAGGAGGAGGGUUGGGACGGGAGGUCGUAGUUUAUACCCGGUGUUGUUGGAGAAUGAAUGAACGUUAUCUUGCUUCUCAAUUCGGAAGUGCGACAUUGCAUAUGA